AAGAGCAGGCCAAAUCCAGUUUCAAAUAGGCCCAUUCCAUGACUCACUCAAAAGAAAAAUAAUCACAUUAACAAUCAAAUCAAAAACCCUAAAACAAGUCACCGGAAAACAUGUCUCCGUCGUCGCACUGAACUGAAAACGCAGUCGGACAUUAUCGCCAACUGCUAGAAACAGUAACAAAUUCCCUAACAAACUUGCGCUAUUAAUCACUGUAACGUCUCAAUGAGAGGAACCAUUGGAAUAAGGCUUCAAAAUUCCAACAUUUCCAAUGCCACAAGAAAAACCCUAGUUCCAUUUUCCACAUCGUCCGGUUUCGGUGGUGGCGGUGGUGAUGGCCGUGGCGGCGGCCGUGGUCGUGGUGGAUCUUUCUCUGGUCCGCCACAGUUUAAUUUCAGCGAAAAACCAGCUCCAGGUAACCCUAAUUCCAACGAAUCUAAAUCAGAUUCAACAGAUUCACCGAUUCCACCUGGUGGUGCUGGUCGUGGCCAUGGUCGUGGUGGAACUGUUCCUCCUCCAACAGGUUUUCCUUCUUUUUCAUCGUUUAUGUCUUCAAUUCAACAACCUAGUAUUGGUCGUGGACGAGGUUUUGGUCCAUUACCUCCUCAAUUUGAAAAUGAUAGGCAGCAACAGCAACAGCAACAGAAUCAACAACAACCUGAUAAUGGACCUAAAAAGCCCGUUUUUUUCAGAAGAGAGGAUAAUGUAUCACAGACAACAAGAAAUGAUGUUUCGCCUCCGAAAAAACCUGUUUUUACUAGAACGGAGGAUGUUAAGCCAAUAGAUUUAUCUGGUGAGAGUGAGAGUGAUAAGAGAUUUUCAAUGAACGUGCCAUCGGGGGCAUUGUUUGGAAGUGGGAGGGGGAAGACUGCUGAAAAGGUAGAUAUAGAAGCUCCUCCGGUUAAUGUGGAGAAUAGGCAUAUCCGCGCUCGGCGGACUCCAGGUGAUGAUGAUGCUACAUCUGAGAAUGUUCCUAGGAGGCGGGUUAUAAACGAUGAUGGUGAUGGAAGUGGUAGUGGAAGAGGAAUAGGAAGAGAAUCUAGGGGGAGAGGUAUGUAUGCUCGUGGCCGAGGAGGUAGAGGCCGUGGUGGUAGAGGAAGAGGAGGGUAUAGAGGGGGUCCUGAUGAUAGAACGGGUCGUGUUCAGGAUACAUCACAUUCCUAUGCUGAUGGGCUAUUCCUUGGAGACAAUGCAGAUGGUGAAAAAUUUGCUAAGAGGGUUGGACCUGAGUUAAUGAAUCAGGUAGCUGAAGGAGUCGAGGAGAUUUUUGAUAGAGUUUUACCCUCACCAUUGGAAGAUGAACUUCUGGAUGCACACGACAUUAAUUUUGCUAUUGAAUUUGAGCCAGAAUAUAUAAUGGAGUUUGAAAAUCCAGAUAUUGAUGAGAAAGAACCAAUUUCACUUCGGGAUGCACUAGAGAAGAUGAAACCAUUCUUGAUGACAUAUGAGGGGAUUCGAAGUCAAGAAGAGUGGGAGGAAGUAAUGGAAGAGACAAUGGCACGAGCUCCAUUAUUGAAAAAGAUUGUUGAUCACUACAGCGGACCAGAUAGGGUAACUGCAAAGAGGCAACAACAAGAAUUAGAGAGAGUUGCUAAAACUCUUCCUCCAAGUGCGCCAUAUUCUGUGAAGGAAUUCACUGACCGUGCUGUUAAAUCUCUUCAGAGCAAUCCAGGCUGGGGAUUUGACAAGAAAUGCCAACACAUGGAUAAGCUAGUUUUUGAGGUGUCUCAGCUUUACAAAUAACAUAAUAAGCUAUUCAAGCUUUAACAUUUUGAGUUUCAUGGUAUACAAUGUUUAUGUAUUGUGGACAUGCCUGGUCUUAUUUCUUUUUUAAUUUUACUCUUUGAUUAAAGAAACUGCAAUGAGCCUUUGUAAUAAAUAUGAAAGAUAGCUAGCUAGCUAGCUAUCUUGUAGCAUUAGUGCUCCCAAUUAUUGCAUCAGUUGUAUACUUUGUAAUAAUUUUUCAUUUAAUUCUAUAUUCUUGACUAUUAUUUUUCUGUCUGUAAAUAUAAUUUGGCUUGUGAGCCUUUAAAAAGGAACCAAUGAGGUUUUUCUUGGUCCCAUAA